GCGGUCUGCCGUGCGAACGUGUGGACUGCCGUGCUCAUUUGGGGUUUGCCUUGCUCCUUUGUGGUGUGGUGUGGUGGGGCCUCUAAAGGCGGGAAAAAGGGGGCCCGAGGCUCUCUGAAGCCUCCAGGGCCAGCAGGAGGGGGCCGCCUAGGGCCGCCCUCCCCGAGGGGCCGCUUCGGGCCAACCUCCAGCACACCCCUGCGAGGGGCCGCCAGGGCCAACGGGGGCGCCUAGGCCCCAGGGCCACGAGGGCGGGCAGUGCCGAGAGGCAUGCAGAAGCAGCGAAGCUGCACCGAUUGCUAGCUCACGUACACAUUCAAAUACAAGAAAUGCGAAUGCACGGAGCAAACGGAAUUAGCGUCCGCACGCAAGGCUAACCGUCCUGCCCCUGGGCCUCGGCAAGGACGAGGAGCCUCUCAAGCGAAAGCGAGGGCCCGUGAGCAACACAGGCGAACGAUGCUAACGAGAGGUCGUCCAAAAAGGCCCAGAGACCGCGAACGGGCUCGUCCACGCCGCCAGCUCCGCCUCCGCGCGGGGGGGCCUCCUCCGACUCCUCCACGAAGGCCGUGCCGAUGACGACUGGACGCAGGUCGAAGCGGACGCGACGGGCGCGCCGCCCCAAGCUUGCACCUCGCCUCCUGCGGACGCGGCUGCCCUCGAAACCAGCGCCAGGACCAGUACCGCCAGCCACAGGAGCCGCGAGGGCCCCGCCGCCUCCCGAGAGGAGCGCCGCAGGGUGAGCGUGCAGGUACGCCAGAACCGAAGUGCUGGCCUGUGGCGCCGCCUCCGACACCGAGCAGGUCGUAUCCACUUCAGCGCCGGCAGCACCCACCUCCUGAUAGUCGAACUCGGCCGAGUCGGCCGCACUGCCAGCAGUGCCUCCAGGGCCGAACACGUCAGAGGCAUUCAUACAGACAUCGGCACGCUCAGGCCGAAUAGACCCAGGUAGACCAUGCAGAGAAGUCGGAUCCACAGCAGCUCCCUUCGGAAGGGCGUCUGCAGGGGCAGGAAAGGACCGAUACAGCCGAAGACGAUGGCGAUGCUCGUCCGCACCCGGCACAUAUACGGCUUGCUCGGCAUGGUAGUCCACAGAAACGCCAGCUGCUAGGUGUGCAUAUGCUGUACUUCACACCCAGGUGGGCCUUCAGCAAACUCUGCUGCAGGUUGAACAGCUUCAGCACGAGGUGCCUGGGCAGUCAGAUGACCGAGCUCGCGAAGCAGGAUCUCCGCCUGUUCGCCCUCAAAGGUCGGCAUGAACUGCUCGAAAAGGUCCGAGCCCUGUGGAACGAAAACUGGGGCCUCAGGAUUCCAUACGAAGCCCUCUUGUCUACACUCCAGUCGCGGCCCCUUCUGGAGGCUCUUGAGAGCAUGCACUCCUGCGCUGGCGAUGCUCACACCAGAAGCGUCGGAGUGCAACGCCACGUUCCUCCUGAGGACGCUGACGUGGCUUGGGAGGCGUCCACGCAGCAAGUCCUGGAGUGCUGGCGCCAGUGCCAAAAGGCGGUCGGCCAGCUCCGCAUCGCCGCCGGCCAGCGCGCCCACGAAGUCGAGCAACUGCAUGUGCUGUUCCCUGAUACGACCAAGCUCUUCCGAUAGCUUGGAGACCGCUCUAUCCGCUGAGCGAAUGGCCCAGAGCCGUGCGGCCUUGCGAUCUUGUGCCGUUCUCCUCGGCGCGCAUUCCGCGCCGUCCCGUAUCGCCAUUCCGCGCCCGAGCAAGCAUGCUAGAUCGCGAACUGACUUGAGCCAAAAUGGCU